ACCCUCGUCACCUCUGCCGAGCAGAUCGAGCAGAUCGUUUAGACCCUAGAGCCUCCGUGGCACCCGGGAUGCCACGGGCCCAAGCCGGCGGCCCGCCUCUGCAGCUCCAGAACCCGCACCACCUCGGGCCCGGCCUCACGGUGGCCUCGGUGCCAAUCUAGGGGCAAGACCAAAGCGGAUCCUCCGCGGGUCUGCAUUCGCCUGGGGGCCGGCCACCCGUUGCCGCGCGCUCAGAGCAAGUUCCAGGACGGCGCAGGCCUCGAGGCGUCGUGCUCCAUGGCCGCAGCCCGUGGCUCUUGGCAAAAACACGGCCUGCAACACGCGUGCGUUCCGGAGCCCUUUCCUGCACGCGUGCACACCACCGUCCGGCAGCGUGGAAGUGGACGCGGGACUGAGGCAGGAAGGAAGCUGCGCAGAGGCUGCGAAUCUAAGGGUCCCAGCUUCCAGAGGAGCAGGGGGGCCGGGUGGAUGGACGUAGAGACGGGCGACUCGGGCUACACAGCGAGCAGGAGAACCCGAGAGAUCAAGCCCCUAUUCGCUGGGAAUGACAUCCCGGACGGGCUCGCUUGGGCGAACGAAUGCCUGGGAAUCCCUCGGAGCUUUGCAGAUUCAGCUGGAUUUUCGUUGCCUCCGGCACUGGACAGAAGUGCGACGGCCGAUUUCAAGCCCUGUGAGCUGAGCAGUCCAGGAUCCGAUGGCUAUGGCAAGACUGUGUUCUGGAUCCGACCUCUGCCCAGUUCAUGCCGUUUCGAAGUGGUCAAACGAAAUCAGCCCCCUACCCGCACCCCAGUGCGCCACAGCAGGAAGGUCUCGGACCCAGCCUCGACCACAGGGAAGGCUGGUCCAUGGCCCCCUCUCUGGGCCGCACGCUUGGUCCUCGGGCCACGAGGGAAGUAAGAACGGGCGAGGGUCCCUUACAGGGCUAUGCCUCCGAGUGGUUUAUUCCUUGGCACUGGCCCUAGGAAGGUCUGGCAUGAGCCGCAGGUCUAGCCAGGCGAGGGACCUAGGUUUUGUUGUGACCUCUGGGUGCUUCGCGGGAAAGGCUCACGGACCCCUUCCAGGUAGGGCCCGUGCUGGGACAGGCCACCGUGCUGCCCUCCAGAGGCUUCAGGGCCCAGCUAUGACCUGCUGUUUUUAGGGUCUGCAAAUUCGAUUUAUCGGUUUGCACCCACUCCUUUUACCUGUUCCCACGCCUAAUUUUUCCCUCUCACCCUAAGGGGAAUCCACAAACUGUUUCCAGAGAAUGGGAAUUUUGAAGUCGCUGCGUCUGGCCCCAGGCUCUAUAUGGGCACCAGAACCAAGGGACCAGUUGGUGGCGCUUGGUCCCUAGCUGGAGGUCCUGGGGCCGCUGGGCCACCCUGGCAGGAGCAGUGGCAGGAACCAUCGCUAGUUGGCGCCUGCGCCCUGCCUGGGCGUGGAGUUGCCCAGCCAGGCUCAGGGCACAGAUGUGCGCCAGCUGUGGCCCCGAUGCUAGUGAACCACCUCGGAAGAGCUGUUUUCUGGACAGAGUGCGGGAGGGAUUCCUCGUCAUCUAUACGGACAAACGGAUAACAUGGUUUCAGCUCCCCCACCCCCACCCGCUCUGACGGCUGGUCCCUCUGCCCUGCCACCAGCUGAGCUCUCUCCGGGCCAAAAAUAUACCUGACCUCUCUCCCCA